GUUCUCUGACAGCAGCGACAGCAACUUCAACUGUAGAUAUGGUUGUAGUAUUCACAAUGGCUACCCCCAUAUUCCAACCUGCUGGUCGUGUCAAGAGACGCGUCGUACUCGCAGUGCCAAGUUGACGUCUCCAUGGCCGCAAAUCGAUAAGCUUCCAAUUUCAAAAUCACGGCGCGCUAGUCGGCGGAUUAGCAGUUGGGCAAGUCAUCUCGUCAUACCGAAGUAACGGUCUGGCAGCUGGGCGUCCGUCUUUCCACCUCUUCUCUCAUUCAUCUUCAACACACAAUGGAUUUCGACAACCGUGUCCAGUUGUCAAUCCGCCGGUCCCCUAGGGCGGCUCUGGAGUACCAGACAGCCGUGGAUGAUCGACAAUACGAACAUGACGACCCCUAUGAUGCAACUCCUCCACCUAUACCGCGGAGAGGGCCUGUCCCAAUGGAAAAAACAAAGGUGGACAACCCACGUGCAGCGCCCUCUCCACAUUUCAAUCCAUUGAGAGCCCACCCAGUUGCGAUCGACACAGGGACAACAACGCCUGCUCGCCAUAGAUAUUCGCACCCUUUUAGAAGCCUGAUUUCGGUCCAGCCUGAGCCAGAGCCAGAACCAGAACCGACUCCCGUCGUUGAAGAGCCUGAAUGCAUUCCACGCCGCCAUCCAUCUGGACUCAGAUCAUACAAAAACCCGCGACGUCCUCUAUACUUGCGCCAGCGGACUUCCCUUGAGACUAUAGCUUCUGUGAGAACAACGGCGUCUAUAACACCAAGCGAGGAUGACCCCGACCUAAUUGGAUAUGGAUCUCCUUCCCCAGACCUCUCGACUCUGGAUUAUGAAGACGUUGCGUUUCCAACGCCCGUCCCUACAGAAACUUCGUCACUCCGUUCAUCCAGUCCUAGCUUAAGGCGGCCAUCGACCCCAACGUCCCCUUAUAAGGAGCCCGUCGAGAGUGGCAAUCGUUCGCCCAAGUCACUGCUCCAACGGAUAAAAUUCAACAAGACUUACACUAGCGAAUCUGCUGUACCUGGACCCCUGAUCAUCCAAAGAAAAAUUUCCUUCGACCGGAUUUCGACUCCCUCUAGCUCGUCAAACUCGGCCAUCAAUGUGCCGAUUGGUCAGCCCUCCAUCUCAAGGGAUCAAAAUUUCCAGCGCAGUCAAUCUCAAUCUAGCAGCGAGUGGAGCGCCAGUAGCUUUGACAUCAGUUGUCUGACCGAGGCUGAGCUCAAGAAGUGCGCGAAGAAGGGCAUCAACCCUGCCCUGUUUGCCGAGAUGAAGGCUGCCAGGAAAGGGAAAUGGGCGAGUCCAAUUGCGGGAAAUACGUUUCUAUGAAUUUGCUGCGUGAACUGCAUUUCCACGAUACCCACCAUUAGAAUGUAGUCGGUUCAGUGGGACGCGAUCUGACCAACCAGAAGAAAUAAUUCAUCCUUUUCUGUCAGUGGAGUUGUUCCUUUGAGCGCAAGGCGCUCUUCUGUAACGUUUGGGAUGGCGUACAAUAGUGAAGAGAAGGAGGAAACGGAAGUACAUACGGGCAGUAAUAUGGAAAAACAUGUCAGUACAACUAUCAUGUAUGUAACUAUACACAAAUCGACUACAGUCACAC